CCCCACCAGGUGAGAGUGGGGGGCCCCUCCUCCACCGACGAGGACUUCGGGGCAAGGUAGCCCUCCGGGGGUGGGGGUUUCGCAAAGACGUCCGUGGAAAGUCAUCAGCCGUCACAUCUGGGGUGCAUUACACGCAAGAAAAAAAGAACAUCAUAUUCUCUUUUGUUAGCUAUCCACGUCCAUCCCGAGAAGUCAGGAGCUCCAUGUGGUCGCCACUGAACCUUGAGAUUGAAGCUGUCAAGGUCAGCGUGGGAGCGGUGCUGGCGGCACGUCGGAGAGGAGCAGCUUUAAUUGGAGUCCAGUGGGCCGCGGAGACCGGGGACCCCAAGUCAGACAGGAAAGCUUUUAUUUGGGGACUUCCUGCCGACGCCAUGACUCUCUGCGCCGUCCCGGUCAUUCACGGCCGCCGUGCAUAAUGGAUGAGCGUCGAGACGGGUCUCCUCCGCUUGGCCGGACAAUCGGAGGCAAGUGAGGGUGACGGGGAGCACUGGAGCCUAUCCCAGCUGUCAACGGCCAGGAAGCAAGGAAACCGGAGUGCCCGGAGGAAAACCCACCCAGGCUCGGGGAGAACAUGCAAACUCCGCACAGGCGGCGUCUGGGAUCGAAUCCGGGACCUCAGAACUGCGAGGCCAACGCUUUACCAGGCUACCUGUCCGAAGUGUUGAAGAACUACACGGAGCAGGCCUGCGACGGAGAACUCCUGUCCGUGCGCUGCCCGCCACGCACCACCAUCACCGUCCAGUCGGCUUUUUACGGAAGGAAAGGCCCCUCCGACCUCCAUCGGUGCCCCCAGAGCUACCGGGCCCUCCUCGGCUACUACGAUGCUCGGGGGGACGAGUACUGCUCUGUGUCCACUGCGCUACAGAAAAUGCUGGAUGAGUGCCAAGACAGAAGGAGCUGUCAAGUUCUUGUCAACAGCCGCGUGUUUGGGAUGGACCAUUGUCCUGGCAGCAGCAAAUACCUCACAGUGUUGUACAAGUGCAGACCCAAUGAAUAUAAAAGUAAAGUGGUGUGUGAGGAGGAGAGGAUGAGACUGAGCUGCAAACGGGGGAUGCAGAUCGCCGUCUACUCCGCCAUGUUCGGGCGAACCCAACAGGGCGCUCUGGAGUGUCCGCUGGACCACGGGAGAGCGUCAUCGCUGGAUUGCCAGUCGUCCAUUGCCCUGCAGGUUGCGACCGGCCACUGUCAGGCCAAGAAGAGCUGCGUGCUUCGAGCCUCGUCCAGGGAAUUUGGGGAUCCCUGCUACUCUGGCACCAGGAAGUACCUCAGCGUCAUCUACACCUGUGUCCCAAAGAAGCUACUCCAGGAACAAAGCUCCAGACCACCAGCGUACUCCCCGCCACCCGGCGCCCAUGACCCCAACAUAGUGGGAGACAGCCCUCCCGAGAGGACCUCGGUCAAACGCCCCGACGCUGUUCCAGACCGGAAGCGCACCAGAGAGACCAGCGCCAACCAGGAGAGGUAUCCAGAGAUCAGAGGAGGGGGAGGCGAGACCCCGUUGAGGCCCCAGGAGAUGAAUCCCAUCAUCAACUCCACUUCCAGCUCCACCAUGGCCCUCAUUAGCAACGCGCUGGCAGCCUAUACAUACGUCUCAAACCACCCAGAGAGGGCGGCGCUCUUCUUCGUCUGCGGCGUCUGUCUGGGCCUCUUCCUCACCCUCUUCGCGCUGGUGGUCCAGAUCUCCUGCCGCACCGACUGCCGGCCCCGCCGGCAGCCCCCCGCCAAGAAGCGAGCGCGCCCCUCCGCCGCCGACUCUUCGUCGGACUCCAGCGACUCCGACUCGGACUGGGACGCCGGCUCGGACCUGUCGGCGCGGCGGCACCGGCGCUUCGAGCGCACGCUCAACAUGAACGUGUUCACGUCGGCCGAGGAGCUGGAGCGAGCGCAGAGGCUGGAGGAGAGGGAGCGCAUCAUCAGGGAGAUCUGGAUGAACGGGCAACCGGACGUCCCCGGAACGCGGAGUCUCAAUCGGUAUUACUGACCGCCGUCUUGGAUGGAUGAACGCUUACUUGAACAAGACUUGGGAUCGGGUCGCACCUGCUGACCAGCAAGACUUGAGACCAGAGAAUUCCCCCCCGAGGUCGUCAGCUUUCUCCUUUGGGUAUCAUCAUUUUUACCCCAUCUGUGGAGUGUUUUUUCCCCCUGCUCUGCAUCGCAGCUGUAGCGUACCGCCGGAAGCAAGGGGAUGAAAGGCUAAACUGCCUUGCCUGUGACCUCAGGAGGGCUCUUUUUUUUUUUUUUUUAAGUGGGCCGUUAUGGUUUUUUAGCUGCCUUGGACCAAUCGAGGCCUAUGGACGCCUCACGGUGAUUAAAGGCGCGAGGACUCGGCCAACUGCAACUUCGUACUUUUGCCCAACAAGACAAUCUUUUUUUUUUUUUAA